AGUCCCAAUGCUCUAUAUCUAAUUUGUUGUGUGAGCCAGUCAUUCGCUGAAAGAAAGCUAAUAGUCUUGCAAUAAUUUUCUUGCGGUGCUACUAUAAUACAAUCAUGGCAAAUCAAGUUGAUGUGUCUGAAAGCCAUUGUUCGUACCAGGUUUUCCUCAGUUUUAGGGGCAAAGAUACUCGUCACACUUUUACUUAUCAUCUCUAUGAUGCUUUGCGCCGAAAGGGAAUUAUGACCAUCAUGGAUGAUGAGGAACUGAAGGUUGGAGAUCAACUUGCUCCUGUGCUUCUUAAAGCCAUUGAAGAAUCAAGGAUCUCGAUUGUUGUCUUCUCUGAAAAUUAUGCAGAAUCUUCUUGGUGCCUUGAUGAACUUGUCAAGAUCCACGACUGUAUCAAGUCAAAAGAGCAGCAUGUUUGGCCCAUCUUCUACAAAGUGGAUCCCUCGGAUGUGCGGUAUCAGAAAGGAAGUUAUGCUGAGGCCAUGACUAAGCAUGAAUCAAGGUUUGGGAAAGACUCGGAGAAUGUGCACAAAUGGAGAUUAGCCUUGACUUACAUAGCUAACUUGAAAGGAGAACAUUUGAAAUCUGAAGUAGGGGCAUAACUUGGGCUGUGGUUAUCCAAAUGGUGCAAACUCGGUGGCCUUGGAAAACUAAGACAAAUAUCUAAAAAUUACCCAGAAAUAGCCGUUGGCCAAUUCGAUCAUCUAGAAGGUCAUAAUCGGUGGUCAAAAAUCGGUGCGAAAAAUAUGGCAUCCAACUCAUCCCACCAACAACACCAACUUAUCCCAUUUCGUUUUGUCUUAACUUUUCCCCAUUAUUUUAUAUUUUUUAUGUGUUAUAUGAAGGCUAUAAAUAGGCCUUCACUCUUCCAUUGCAAAAUGUCCCAAACAUCUUCAAAUAAGUUACUCUUGGGUGUUCUUCUACCUCCCUUUCUUCUUAAUCUUUCUUUUUAUUUAAUGUUAUAAUAUCUUUUAAUUUCAUGGAUAGUUAAAGUUUCUAAUUCAGCUUGUGGUAAAAAAAAAAAAAAUUUUGAACUGCAUGGUUGUAAAUAAAGAAAGAAUAAAAGUGUUGAUGAAGGAGUUGAAGCAUCAUUUGAUUCUUACAAUUUAAAUUCAUUCCUCAUUACUCUCUUAUUCCUUAGGAUUUUAGCCAACACAAUCAUUAAUUUAUCCUU